AUGGGCGCAGGACAGUCGGUAGCGGUGGUGUCGGCCGAUGAGGGCGGAGCCAAGCUGCAGGCGGGAGAUCACAUCAAGGUCAAGCGGUGGGGCUACUCCCACCACGGCCUCUACGUUGGCGAGGACGAGGUGGUCCACUUCGCGGGCAGCCCGACCGAGCCGUGGCGCAACGCCCGGGUCAAGCGUGAGUCAAUGGGCGCCUUCCUCGCCGGCGCCACCCAGUUCGAGAUCCUGCUCUACGCCGACAUCACCCCUCGGGAGCGGCGGAAGGCGGUGAAGCGAGCGCUGCACGUGUGGCGGCACGAGGCCCACGACACCUACAACCUCUUCUUCAACAACUGCGAGCACUUUGCCACCUUCUGCGUUCUCGGCGAGGGCAAGAGCGAGCAGGUGCAGAGCCCGAUCACGGCGCUCACCACGGUGGUGGCUGCCGGCAUCGCCACCCAGGAAGUCCUUCGGCACAUGGUCUCGAUGCCCUCCGCCCCAGCAGCUGGCCAGCUCACCGACGCCUGA